AUGGCCAUCAAUGUUCACCACACCAUGAACUGGCCAACCACAGACGCCCAAGUACCAAGCUACAUUAAGCACAUGCUUCAUUUGAAACACUUGCUGAAAAAGGAAGUGCUGUUGUCAGAGGUCUUGCAGGUCCUACGAGGGGCAAAUAAAGUGGGAUGUGCCCUGAUCAACACCCAGGGAGAACAGCUCAGGUUCAUGGCCUGCAACUCUUCACUGGGAGCAGGUGUAAAAGUUGCUCAGGAAAUGGUGGAAGACCUGGUGGGAAAGUUCAUGGGUGGCAGCAACACGCAACAGUCAGUCAAAGAGGAUGUCUUUCCUGACAUGGAGGGCUGGGAAAAUGUGGAUCCUGAUGAAGCUGCGAAAUGGGCUGUGCGUUCAGAAUUUCCUCCUGAUGCUAAUGACCAAACACAGACUGACAGUAGUGCUCCAGGAGUGCAUCGAGACCCACGGACAGAUUCAGCAGGUCCAGGUUCAGCAGGUCCAGGUUGGCAAGGCCAAAACACACGCUUCCUCCACACGACUCUUUCCUUGCAUCAUAGAUUCUACCACCAGACCAGAUAUGUCCAUGAUACAGUAGUGACCAGACUCACACCGGAAGAUAUCAAGAAGGCCAGGGAGGCCAAGCAGGGCUUGGUUAAACCUGUUCGACAGAGGCUUAAUGAACGGGCCAAAGAGAGGAAGGUGCCUGCAACGAGAAUUAGCAGACUGGUCAAUUUUGGAGGACUGGCGGUCGGUCUGGGAAUUGGUGCCAUUGCAGAAGUAGCAAAACAGUCACUGGGAGGCAAACAAAAAGAUAUGAAUGCCUUGCUAGACUCCCCACUUCUGUCAGAAGCCAAUGCAGAGAGAAUUGUCAACACACUCUGUAAAGUACGUGGAGCUGCACUUAAGAUAGGACAGAUGCUAAGCAUACAAGACAACUCCUUUAUCAACCCCCAGCUUCAAAAGAUCUUUGAGAGAGUCCGACAGAGUGCAGACUUCAUGCCAAUCUGGCAAAUGAAUAAUGUUUUAGAGAAAGAGCUCGGUCCAGGUUGGAGAGAAAAGCUGUCAUCCUUUGAGGACAAACCCUUUGCUGCUGCUUCCAUUGGUCAGGUGCAUCAUGGAGUUUUAAAAGAUGGCAGAGAAAUUGCAAUGAAGAUCCAGUACCCCGGAGUGGCAGAGAGUAUCCAUAGUGACAUUAACAACCUUAUGUCAGUUCUUAAAUUGAGCGUCGUACUACCUGAAGGGCUCUUCGCAGACAGCAGCUUGGAGGUUCUUCAGCGAGAACUGGCAUGGGAGUGUGACUAUGAGAGGGAAGCUGAGUGUGCCAAGAAAUUCAGAUCACUGCUGGAGGGAGACAAUUUUUUCCAGAUUCCUGAGGUGAUCGAUGAACUGUCUACACGAAGAGUGCUGGCAAUGGAGCUGGUGCAGGGGGUUCCGUUAGACUGCUGCGUGGACUUGGACCAGGAGACCAGAAACCAGAUCUGCUUCAACAUCCUCCAGUUGUGUCUCAGGGAGCUUUUUGAGUUCAGGUUCAUGCAGACAGACCCCAAUUGGGCCAACUUCUUUUACAAUUCAGAAACAAACAAGGUGGUUCUGUUGGAUUUUGGAGCAUGCAGAGAUUACCAAGAAUCAUUUACAAAUGACUACAUUGAGGUAGUGCACGCAGCUUCUGUAGGUGAUCGAGAUACUGUUCUCUCCAAAUCCAAAGACCUGAAGUUCCUCACAGGUUUCGAGACCAAGGCUUUCACAGACGCUCAUGUGGAGGCAGUGAUGAUUCUUGGUGAGGCUUUUGCAUCCUCUGAGCCCUUUGACUUUGGCACCCAAAGCACUACGCAACGCAUCCAGAGCCUCGUCCCUGUCAUGUUGCGACACCGCCUGACUCCUCCACCAGAAGAGACUUACUCUCUCCACCGCAAGAUGGCCGGCUCCUUCCUCAUCUGUUCCAAACUGAAAGCACGCAUACCGUGCAAGGACAUGUUUCUGGAUGUGUACAACGCCUACAACAUGAGGAGGCAAGCUCAGAAGGCAGCACAGGCAAACGCUUAG